AUGGCUGUGUGAGUGUCCGCCAUGGCCCACCGCAAGCGCCAGAGUACCACAAGCAGCAUGUUGGACCACAGGGCCAGGCCAGGUCCCAUCCCCCAUGACCAGGAGCCUGAGAGUGAGGACACAGAGCUGCCUCUGGAGAGCUAUGUACCCACAGGCCUCGAGCUGGGCACUCUGAGGCCAGAGAGCCCCACACCUGAGGAACAGGAGUGCCACAACCAUAGCCCCGAUGGGGACUCCAGCUCUGACUACGUGAACAACACAUCCGAGGAGGAGGACUAUGAUGAGGGCCUCCCAGAGGAGGAGGAGGGCGUUACCUACUACAUCCGCUACUGUCCUGAGGAUGACAGCUACCUGGAGGGCAUGGACUGUAAUGGGGAGGAAUAUAUCGCCCAUGGUGCACAUCCUGUGGACACCGAUGAGUGUCAGGAGGCGGUGGAGGACUGGACGGACUCAGUGGGUCCUCACACUCAUAGCCACGGGGCUGAAAACAGCCAGGAGUACCCAGACGACCACCUGCCUAUCCCAGAGGAUGACCCUACAGUCCUGGAGGUCCAAGACCAGGAAGAAGAUGGCCACUACUGUUCCAGCAAGGAGAGCUACCAGGACUAUUACCCCACAGAGACCAAUGGGAACACAGGUGGCGCGUCCCCCUAUCACAUGAGGCGUGGGGAUGGGGACCUAGAGGAGCAGGAGGAAGACAUCGACCAGAUAGUGGCUGAGAUCAAGAUGAGUCUGAGUAUGACCAGUAUUACCAGUGCCAGUGAGGCCAGCCCUGAGCACAUGCCUGAGCUGGAGCCGGGAGAUUCCACUGAGUCCUGUCCACCCAGUGACACUGGCCACGGACCCAGUAGGCAAGAAGCAAGGCCCAAGUCGUUGAACCUUCCUCCUGAGGUUAAGCACCCUGGAGACCCCCAGAGAGGACUCAAGACCAAGACCAGGACCCCAGAGGAGAGGCCAAAGUGGCCCCAAGAGCAGGUUUGCAAUGGCUUAGAGCAGCCAAGGAAGCAGCAGCGCUCCGAUCUCAAUGGGCCCACUGACAAUAACAACAUCCCAGAGACAAAGAAGGUGGCAUCGUUUCCAAGCUUUGUGGCUGUUCCAGGGCCCUGUGAGCCAGAAGACCUCAUCGAUGGAAUCAUCUUUGCAGCCAACUACCUGGGCUCCACCCAGCUGCUCUCUGAGCGCAACCCCUCCAAAAACAUCCGAAUGAUGCAGGCACAAGAAGCUGUCAGCAGGGUCAAGAGGAUGCAGAAGGCUGCUAAGAUCAAGAAAAAAGCGAAUUCUGAAGGCGAUGCUCAGACACUGACAGAAGUCGACCUCUUCAUUUCUACCCAGAGGAUCAAAGUCUUAAACGCUGACACACAGGAAACCAUGAUGGACCAUGCCUUGCGCACCAUCUCCUACAUUGCAGACAUCGGGAACAUCGUGGUCCUGAUGGCCAGGCGCCGCAUGCCCAGGUCAGCCUCUCAGGACUGCAUUGAGACCACGCCCGGGGCCCAGGAGGGAAAGAAGCAGUACAAGAUGAUCUGUCACGUGUUCGAGUCGGAGGAUGCCCAGCUGAUAGCCCAGUCCAUCGGGCAGGCCUUCAGUGUGGCCUACCAGGAGUUCCUGAGGGCCAAUGGCAUCAACCCUGAAGACCUGAGCCAGAAGGAAUACAGCGACAUCAUAAACACCCAGGAGAUGUACAAUGACGACCUCAUCCACUUCUCAAACUCGGAGAACUGCAAAGAGCUGCAGCUGGAGAAGCAUAAGGGUGAGAUUUUGGGUGUGGUGGUCGUGGAAUCAGGCUGGGGCUCCAUCCUGCCCACCGUGAUCCUGGCGAACAUGAUGAAUGGCGGCCCGGCAGCUCGCUCGGGGAAGCUGAGCAUUGGGGACCAGAUCAUGUCCAUCAAUGGCACCAGCCUGGUGGGGCUGCCCCUUGCUACCUGCCAGGGCAUCAUCAAGGGCCUGAAGAACCAAACACAGGUAAAGCUCAACAUUGUCAGCUGUCCCCCGGUCACCACCGUCCUCAUCAAGCGUCCAGACCUCAAGUACCAGCUGGGCUUCAGCGUGCAAAAUGGAAUCAUCUGCAGCCUCAUGAGAGGGGGUAUUGCAGAGCGAGGUGGUGUCCGAGUCGGCCACCGUAUCAUCGAGAUCAACGGACAGAGUGUGGUAGCCACGGCCCAUGAGAAGAUAGUCCAGGCUCUGUCUAACUCAGUUGGAGAGAUUCACAUGAAGACCAUGCCUGCAGCCAUGUUCAGGCUCCUCACAGGCCAGGAGACCCCGCUGUACAUCUAGGUACACCUAGCCUCGCCGUGGAGCAGGAACACCAGGCAAGACCCACCUGGGCCCAGAGGAGCCAGGACAAAGCCCUGACCCCUGACCCCGAAGCCCAACCAAGAAC